GUAUGUGUAGCUACGCCCCUGACACACUCACCUCUUUUCUCCUCUUCUAUCCUGACCUGCGCUGCUCUCUGCAUUUCAAAUCAGAACCCCCUUAUGCAAGGAGCCCUCCAUUACUGAUUUUUAUCACCCGGGGAAAGUGGGUUGUACUAGUGGAGAUUUACCGAGGUCUACGCACUUUAAAAUGCCAGAUAGUAAACAUGUAGCAGUCUCGAGACGUUCGAAACCUCCAAUGCCGGGCGCGAGGCACCGAACGACAUAAAAGCAUCGCUUCACAUCCUGCAGGUUAUGGAGCCGAGCCUUCUGUGUUUCAUCCUUUUCAAUCUGAUUGGUUUUAUCAUAACCUCCUUCAAUGACCGUCACCAUAAUGGUACCCAUCACUAUGAUUACUGUGUGCUCGGAGCUGGCCCUGCAGGACUACAGAUGGGGUAUUUCCUCUCCAAGGCUGGAAGAAAUUACGUCAUCUUGGAGAGGAACUCAGGACCUGGCAGCUUCUUCAACAAGUAUCCCAGGCACAGGAAGCUCAUUAGCAUUAACAAAAUCCAUACAGGAAGGCGAAAUCGAGAGUUCAACCUGCGCCAUGACUGGAACUCGCUGCUGAGUGAUAAACCUGACCUCCUGUUCAAGAGAGUGAGCAGUGAGUUUUACCCGCCGGCAGAUGCAUUCCCGAUCUACCUGUCCAUGUUUGUGGAAGAACUCGGGCUGAGGGUUAGGUAUGGCGUGGACAUCGGAAGAAUCAGGGCUGUGCAGUCAGCCUCAGGAAGGAGCUACAUCCUCACUGACCAACAUGCAUCGGACUACAAGUGCAGCAUCCUUCUGGUAGCCACAGGUUUGUGGGUUCCUCAGAAGGUGGAGUUUGUUGGUUCUGAUCUAGUUGAGGGCUACGAGUCCAUCUCCACUAACCCUGAUGAGUACGAGGACCAAGCCGUGCUAAUCCUGGGAAAGGGGAACUCUGCUUUUGAAACAGCCCAGAGCAUCUUAGGAAGAGCGAGUCGGGUGCAUAUGCUAAGCUCCAGCCCCGUUCGACUAGCCUGGCAGACACAUUAUGUGGGAGAUCUCAGAGCUGUUAAUAAUGACCUAAUAGACACAUACCAGCUUAAGUCCCUAGAUGGACUGGUAGAAGCACGCCUGGAGAAAAUAGUAAUUGCUCGACAAAAGGAUAAAAGCAUGAGGCGAUCAGGCGGACAGAAGAAAGAGAAGAGGGGGCAGUUGUAUCUAACUUUAAAAAAGUACAUGCAUAAGAAGAACAGCUCUGAGGUGACUCGUGAGGAACUUCCAGGGCACCACAUUGACAACUUUCCCAUGCGUAAACCCUACGACCGCGUGAUUCGAUGCCUCGGAUUCCGGUUCAACUUCAGCAUAUUUGACGGCUCUGCCAGCCUACCAAACAGUGAAAAUGCCAAAGGGAGGUUGCCAGGGCUGACCGCCUGGUAUGAAGGGAAGAACACGCCUGACUUGUUUGUGUUGGGAACAGCUUCUCACUCCAGAGACUACCGCACAUCUGCUGGUGGCUUCGUCCAUGGGUUCCGUUACACAGCUCGAGCUGUAUAUCAUGUACUUGAAAACCGUUACCAUGGCAACCCAUGGCCGUCAACUAGGCUAUUGACAACACAGUUGCAAUCUUGGAUUCUCAAGCGGGUCGGCGAGGCCUCUGGUCCAUACCAAAUGUUUGAGGUGCUUGGAGAUGUCAUACUACUUCAAGGCUCUCAUUGUGAGUACAUUGAAGAGUUCCUGCUCCAAGCUUUGCCCCAGUUCUCCUCCAUUUCUGGCCACAAAGUCUCCAGCCAGGGACUGCUAGUGGUUGUCAUGCAGUAUGGGAAAAAGAAGAUAGACUACCUGGGGCGUGGUAGAGCAGAGACAGACUGGACUAAAGCUUGGCAAUCUAACUUUCUGCAUCCAGUUUUCUACUUCUAUGACAGGCUCCCUACUGAGGAAGAAAUGAGGAUACGUCCCCAUGGCUGGCCUUUGCCACGGCCCAAAGCAAUUCAUCACAUGGUUGAGGACUUCCUCACUGAGUGGGACGGUCCUCUGUCUCAUAUCCAGCCACUGCGCCGCUUCCUGGAGCAUUGUGUCCAGAGUGACCUCAGGGCUUUCUACGCAGAAUCAUGUUUCCACUUAGCCCUCACCCACCGUAAGCCUCCACUGUCUUGCCAGCAGGGGUACUUGAACCGACAGGGCAUCCCUCACAACAGUCGGUUGCCGCAGCGUGUUUAUGAAGCUGGAGUGAUGCUGACUGGAAAAGAUGAUGCUGGCACAUCUGAAGCUGAUCCAGCAUUACCCAAAUAUCUGGCACCAGCUGGAGCAUCCAUGUCUUCGGGACUGAAACUUGACAUCUGAUUGUCUUAACUGUUCAAACUAUAUAAUGCUGUUAAGUCUCUCAAUUGCUACCUCCAUCAUCCAUACUCAUUUCCUCUACAAGACUGAAUAUUUGGAUGGAUUACUACCUUAUAAUCUAUUGUUCCCAGGAAUUUUUUGCACAAUUUUUCAUCACCAUCCAGAUAUGUCAGCAACAUGUUUAUUUCAACCAAAGACUUGUUUUUUCUCAUAGUUUAGAUGGGGUUUAGUGGUAAGAAAACUAUAUUUACCCACACAUUUUUUUGUCUGUU